AUGAUACCGGCGCUGGGCUACGGGACCUGGCAAUUAGCACCGGACAGGAAGGGCACUGGGAACAGUAGUCAAGCGGAUGCUAUAGAGGCCAUCAAAGAGGGCGUUAUGGUUGGGUACCGACACAUCGACAGCGCCUACAUGUAUGACACGGAGAAAGUUAUCGGCGCGGCACUGAAAGAGCUAUUCAGCGCCUGUAUGGUUGACCGGGAAGACCACUUUAUCGUCACAAAAGUGUGGAAUAAUUUUCAUAGCAGGGAACGGGCGGUCGAG